GUUGUCUUCGUUUUUUUACGAAUUGCUAAUUUCUUAUUGUUUAGUAAUAAUGUGUGAACAAUAAGUAGAGAACAUACUGUACUCUGCACUCAGCGAGGAAUAGAAUUGUUUAUUUAACUUAUACCAUAGUUUAAUCAUUUAAUUAUAAAGCUGGGAAAAUGUCUGUAAAACCUAAGCAUCUUGAUUAAAAAAAUAUAUAUUGCUGAAAGAUACUAAUCACAUUGAUCAAGUUAUAUAGAACUCAAAUAAACAUUACUUACUACUGAUCAAUAGAAAUAUGACAUGAUGAAGAUAUUGGAACAUGUCAACAGAUCCAAAGUUACAUGAUGUCAAUUUACCAACUGAACAAGCAAAGAUGCCUUCAAUAUCUUACUUUUUUGGUGAAACUUGUCAAGAUUUACAUAGACAACAUUGUGACAAUGGUGAUGGUAAUGAAAUUAAUGAUAAAGAAAACUAUAGUCACGUUCAAAAUGAAUCAGAGAUGGCUGAAUCGAAUGAUAUUGAUUUAAUUUAUACUCAAAUGGAUAACGAUAAUCUCACCCCGUCUAUAAUACUUACUUCUGAUGACACUGAGUGGAAACCGUGUGAACGGGGUAGUAUUUCAAGUAUGGAGUCUAUAUCGAAUUCACAAAGUCCUAGAACUUCAUAUAAUUCUUUACUACAUUGGGGUAUUAAUAAUGCGAAAGAUGAAAGAGAAUACUUACUAAACAAAUACAGUGAAUUACCUGGAGAAAUCAUAUCAUUUGAAUUACCUUUGAGUAGUUUGACUGUCGAACCAUCACAUUAUAAAAAUGUGAAUUUAGGUUUAAAACUUGCCGGGAGCAGGGAUUUAAAUCAAAUGAGUGUUUUCGUGUGUGGAAUACAACCAGGAAGCAUCAUUGAACGGGAUGGACAUAUAGAAAUUGGUGAUCAGUUAUUAGAACUCAAUAAUCAAGUUUUAUACGGUCUAAGUCAUUUGAAUGCUGCUCCACUAAUCAGAUCUAUUUAUAUGGAAGUGAUAGGAAGAAGCAGCAAUAUUUUCAGACGUUCAAAGUGUAAUGCGUUGAGGUUUGUAAUUCAACGCCAUCCGUCAAACACGAAUCUUAUGGCAGCUUUGGCAACAAAUCAACAUAUUGAUUCUUCGUCAGAUCGAUCGAGCCGACAUACCAGUGUCGAUACAACAACAAGUGCACUACCAUCACCAGUGAAGAACACGAAUAAAGCAAAACAAUCGAUAGAAUUUAUGAAUUUAGCAUUUGGUGGCUCACAUGGACCUUUAACUCAACAAACAUACUCAACCACGUUAUAUCGUGGUUCGAAGGGAUUUGGAUUUGCAAUAAUGGAACGAAGUGCAACAAAUGAAGAAGGGAUUUAUGUCAAGCAGAUUAUUGAAGGUGGUCCUGCUGAUAAGGAUGGCGUUUUAUGUGCUGGUGACCAGUUAGUUAAAAUAAACAAAAAAGAUGUGACACAUGUAUCUUACGAUACGGUGGUAGAAUGGAUACGAUCUGCAAAACAUGUUCUUCAAGUACAAGUUACACGGUGGGGUUUCAGUACACAAACGAGUACAGAAACAAAGCCAUCAACUAAACGUUUCUCAGAUCCAUCUGUACUAAAUUCAUUUGCAUCUAUUAUAUUUGGUAAAGAUAAUGAAAUUAAACAUUCUCCAGUGGAUACAUGUCGAGAAUUAAUUAACACAAAAACUUUAAACCUACUCUCCUCAAUUGAAAGUGGUACAAACUGGUUAAUACCCAGUCAAAUUGCAUCAAAAUACCGUCGGGCCAGUUCCCCACAUAUCAGUUAUAAAAGAGAGCAUAUUCCUAUGCCUGUGCUACAACCUUUGCCAAACUACUCAACAACCUCAAUAAACCUACAAGGAGAAACGGUGAACUUCGAUAAGAUCUCAAUCUUAAUAAAUGAUGAACCAGAAAUCGAAGCAUCAAUCCGUCCUAUCAAGCCUGGAAUUGAAACUGAAAUAUCAAUAGUAAUCAACAAUUCGUGUGGUCUAGGAAUAGGAUGCAUAGGUGGCUGUGAAACAGCAUUGAAUAUUCCAGUUAUACAUGAAAUCUAUCCUAAUGGGGCAGCAGCAAAAGAUGGACGUUUACGUCCAGGCGACCGAAUUAGCAAUGUCAAUCAAACAUCGUUAGUUGGUAUGCCAUUUUUGGAAGCAAUGAAUAAACUUCAAAUGGCUUAUAUUAACAAAUCGUCUAUGAUAAAGUUAGAUUCAGAUGAUGAAAAUGAAAAUAUUUCCUUGUCAAAUCAAGAACAGUGUUAUUUAAAUCUCACCAUAUUUCGACCAACAGAACAAAGUCAAAAAUGGUUUGAUCAGGAAGUAGUAAUUGAAUUACUGAAGAAAUCUGGUAAAGGUCUAGGGAUUUGUAUUGCUGAUCGUUGUGUACAUCUUAAAUCAGAUGAAUAUUUGUCAGAGAAUGAAAAUAAUAUAAAAGUACAGGAUAGUUCUGAUGUAAACACUUUUGAAACACAAACGUCAUACGGUGUUAUUAUUACUGAAAUAAUUAAAGGAUCGGUUGCAGCAGCUGAUGGUCGUCUCAUGGUAAAUGAUCAAAUUCUAGAAGUAAAUGGUGAAGAUACCAGCACAUUAAGUAGUGAAAUCGUUGGUGCUCUAUUAAAGGCAGCUCCAUAUAAAGUUGUUCUCAAAUUAGGAAGAUUGAAAAAUCAAAUUGUUAUACCUAAUUCAGCUGCAUUUCUUUUCAAUGAUCCUUAUCAAGUAAGGCGAUAGACUAUACGUUAAACAAGUAACCAACUUGACGUCUUCGGAUAAUGUAGAAUGCCUAUUUUUGAUAACUGGAUAUCACGAAUGAGAAAUAACAACUAUUCAUUUGUUGUUAUAAUAAAAAAAUUCACAUAUUCCUAUGUUUAAAACCGAUCUUCCAUAAUUCUCGUUUGUUUGUUUGUUUUUUUCGUUUUUUGAGACUUACUAUUGCAAUAAAAAUAAAUUUUUCGUAAGUGCAACAUUCCACUACCUAGAUUAUUGAUAAUCUGGUAUGAAAGCAGCUCAAUUCACUUUCAUUUCUUCUGUGUUUUUACCAUAUUUCAAUUCAUGCGGUGUAUGAGACUGAUUUUAAAAUGAAACCAGCAUGUUCAUUGUCACUUUUUAGUUAACAAUACCAAGCAUUCUUCUUCAUCUUCACGAUUAUUCAAAUUGCACUAAUAAUCUUUUAUAAAUUGCACAUAUAUUUUUUUUGCAAUAAUCUCACUGAAAAAAAUGUAGCAUUAAAUUUUUGUAUAGUAAUAAUAAUAAUAAUUGCAUAGCUUUUCGAUACAUUAGGACUAUACUUUAUAAAAUAUAUAUAUACAUUUAUAGUGAAUAGCUUUACAUUCUUUUUGCCCAUUCACAAGACAUCUUCUAUGCUAUGCAUUUUCUGCUUGCUCUAAUCUCUUAUUUUCAUUUUCUCUAAAUGAAAAUCAGCUUGAAUUAUUUUAUGUGACUAGUCUUGUCGCACAGUUAUUACAAAGUGAAAUAAACUAAAUUAAUAUUCAUGCGUAAACUGUAGAGACGAAAUUUUAUACUGUGCAAAAAAUAAGCAUAUAACACAUCAGUAAUUUUAUUUGUUUGCCUAUUAUUUUUUAAACUGAACUCUUUCAUUCCGAUAAUCAAAUAUAUAUAUAUAUAUAUAU